AUCAAAAAAUUGUUCACUUCAGCUAUGUUUAUGUAGAUUUUAAUUUUUAUUGUGCAUGUUUACGUUACUAGCAAAUUUUAAUUAUUGUUAAAAUGUCAGAUCAGGAACAAAUGCCAGAGCCAACGACGGCAGAGUCGGGUGAGAUCAAAGCUAUCGCAAAGGACACAGUUCAUAGAAUUUGCUCCGGUCAGGUUGUGUUGACUUUAGCAGUAGCCGUUAAAGAGCUUGUGGAGAAUUCGGUUGAUGCAGGGGCAACGCUCGUUGAAGUGAAACUUCGCGAUCACGGUUUGGAAUCGGUGGAAGUGAGUGAUAACGGCUGUGGAGUGCAUGAACGUGAUCUAGAAGCAAUGACUGCUAAAUACCACACAUCAAAAAUACGGGAAUUUGUCGAUUUACAGAACGUCGAAACGUUUGGGUUUCGUGGCGAAGCUCUUAGCUCGCUUUGUGCCCUCUCCGACCUAGUGGUGGCAACGAGACAUGCAUCUCAUGAUGUCGGCACGCGUAUGGAAUUGGAUCAUGAGGGUCGAAUUAAAAAGCGUUCACCCUGUGCUCGAAGUGUAGGCACCACCGUCACACUCACGAAUUUGUUUGCCACUCUGCCUGUACGCCGUCGGGAUUUUGUGCGCAACAUACGCAAGGAGUUUAAUAAAAUGUGUCAAAUUCUUCAGGCGUAUUGUCUGGUAGCGCGAGGUGUACGCAUCAUAUGUAGUAAUCAAACGGUCAAAGGUGCGAAAGUGGUAGUGAUGCAAACGCACGGUUCUCAAGAUAUACUAGCAAAUAUCGCGGCUGUUUUUGGCAAUCGACAAACAACAGAGCUUUUACCCUUGAAGACGCCGUGCAACGAGGGGCAAGAGUUGACUGAAGAAAGUUUACGCGCCGAGUUGCAGUUAGAAGUGGGAGCCGGGGAUAGCAUGGAAAUUACUUCAGAAGAUAUAGCCCAAUUAAAGGCGGCGCACUUUCAAUUGGAAGGCUUUGUGUCCAGUUGCAGCCAUGGAGCUGGUCGAUCGUCAAAGGAUCGUCAGUAUUUUUAUAUAAAUUCUCGGCCAUGUGAUCUAAAAAAUAUUUCUAAAUUUGUUAAUGAUACUUACCAUCGCUAUAAUAGCCAUCAAUAUCCCUUUGUUUUUUUAAAUAUCAACACGGCACGUUCCGACGUGGAUGUUAAUUUGACGCCUGAUAAGCGUCAACUCUUGUUAAAUAAUGAAAAAAUUUUAAUAUUAGCCAUUAAGAAAGCUCUAGUGAACACCUAUGGGGACAUACCAUCCACCUAUAAACUUGAGAAUUCGAGUAUAGUUAGCAUGUUUAAAAAAGAAAAUGGAAAUGUAACAAAUGAACAUUCAACCAAUAAUGAACCUUCCGAAGACUCUUCGGAAUGUUUGCCAAUUAGCAGUUCGCAGCGAUUUAUGGACGUAUUGUCACAGUGGAAGAAAACCGGUGACACAGCAGGUACAGCACCGCAUGUCACUACUAAACGGAAAUGUCCAGAUGAAGUCGAAGUGCGUACACUAAAAUUAAAGAAAAUACACGACUAUUUAAGUAGAGACGAUCUAAGUCCGAGUGCUAUGCCCAAAGUGCUUAGAGCGCAUUCUGAUAGUGAAGAGGAUGAAAGCAAUAAAUCAACCAAAGCGGAUACCACCGCAAACGAGCAGCAGUCGCUGGUUAAUGUCACACUUGAUUUAGAACGACUUAGCGAAGAAUCUAAAGAAUUCGAUACGCUUACCGACAAGGUUGUGGAACGCAUAGAUUGUAAAGUGAUUCGAAUAAAACCAAACGAAUCAAAUCUACACUUUAUAGAUAAAAGCUCAACCUGCGUUUCUAAAGAGUUAGCUCCGAACCCCACGGAUAAUAAUGGUGAAGGCUUAUGCAGCGACAAACCAGACGACGACGACGACGAUUCCUUGAUGACAACUGUAAUAUUAGAUGAAAGUAUAGUCGAUGCAGAAUCUACUGUCAAUUACUACUCCAGUGGAGUUAUGCGUAUUACACUCGAGGAAAUUGCGCAGAACCUCAAAGCAGAGGAAAAACUAAACGCGGAAGAAAAAGAGUUUAAGAAAGCCAAGUUAGAGCGCUUGCGUUUCAAAAGCGAAAUUAAUCCCAGUCAAAAUCAAAAGGCGGAGGAGGAGUUGCAGCGCGAAAUAAGCAAGGAUUCUUUUGCCAAAAUGGAAAUUAUUGGACAAUUCAAUUUGGGGUUCAUUAUAGUGAAAUUGGACUCAGAUCUUUUCAUAAUCGAUCAACACGCCACCGAUGAGAAGUACAACUUUGAGAUGUUGCAACGUACAACCGUAUUGCAGUCACAGCCGCUAGCUGUGCCGCAGUCACUUGAGUUAACAGCAGCGAAUGAGAUGUUACUGCUGGACCACCUGGCGUUGUUUCAAAAAAAUGGGUUCAAAUUUGAAAUCAAUGAAAAUGCUCCUCCGACUAAGAAAGUGAAGUUGCUCUGUAAGCCGUCCAGUGCACGUUGGCAGUUCGGCAAAGAAGACAUCGACGAACUGCUUUUCAUGCUGCAGGACGCUCCCGCCGGCACUGUCUGUCGACCAUCGCGCAUUCGUGAUAUGUUUGCGUCGCGUGCCUGCCGUAAGUCGGUGAUGAUUGGUACGGCUUUAAAACGCGCCACAAUGAAGAAAUUAGUCACACAUAUGGGCGAGAUUGAACAACCCUGGAAUUGUCCCCAUGGGCGACCAACAAUGCGUCAUCUCAUAAAUAUGGCAAUGCUGCAGGACGGCGAAGAAGCUGAAAAUACAUAGAAUGCAACUCGGGCAAAAUCUACACAUAAAUAAAAAGUUGAAAACUAGUAAAA